AGAGAAGAAAGUUAGGAAUGUGUAAGAAACUGAUGUGAAUUUUGAAUCAUCAAAAACCCUAAGAGAAGGGAUCUUGAAAAAACCCAGUAUUUGUUCACGGCAUAUUUGAUUGAUAUGAAUGAUUCUGAUGAUGAAACUCCAUACUCUUCAAGACCCAACGCUGCCAUUUACAAUACGUCUUCUCUUCGAUCAAGACGCUCAAUUCGAAACCCUACCUCUUAUCCUAGAAAUACCCAUUAUGAGUAUAAUAACGAAUUUCAAUAUAACCAUCAUGGUGGUGGUGCUGCUGCCCAUGAUGAUGAUGAAUCUGAUGAUGAAGAAGAAAAUCAAGAAUUUAGCAGUGGAGAAAAUGAUGUUGAUAAUUUUCAAGGUAAGAAGAAGAGAAAGUUGGAAACUUUAGUUUCAAAUUACAAUUUUGCCCCUCGUUCAGGUUCAAAGGAUAUUUGGAGUGAAGAGGAGAGUUUUGUGUUGUUGGAAGUGUGGGGUGAGAGGUAUUUGGAGCUCGGACGGAGGAGCUUACGUGCUGAAGAUUGGGGUGAAGUUGCAGAGAAGGUAACAGAAAUGGUUGGUGUUGAUAAAACUGAAGUUGAGUGUAGGAAUCAAUUAGAUGUGCUAAAGAAGAAGUAUAAGAAGGAGAUAACAAAAAUGGAGAAAACUGGAGGUGGGUUUCAUAGCAAGUGGACAUUUUUUAAGAAAAUGGAUAUGCUCAUGAAUUUGAGGAUGAAAGGGCAUUGUGGAUUGGGUUGUGGGCUCGAUUCGGGUGAGUAUGUGUUUAUGGACCCACGAAUGUACUUGGAUAGGUCAAAUGUGUUGGAUGAGAUGAGAGAUAGUCCUGCAGGAUCAGAUGCGGAUAAUGAUGAAGAAGAGGACGAGCAGGGUUCCGGAGGAUGGGAGGGUGAUGAUGCGUCAGCUAAGUUGCUAGCAGAUUCAAUUCAAAGGUUUGGGCAGAUAUAUGAGAAAAUUGAGAAUAGUAAGAGGAAGCAGAUGAUGGAGCUGGAGAAGAUGAGAAGGGAUUUCCAAAGGGAGUUGGAGUUGCAGAAGAAACAGAUAAUUGAGAGGGCACAGGUGGAAAUUGCUAAAAUAAGGGGCAACGGAGAAAAUGAUGAUGAUGAAGACAAUGAAGAUGAGGAUGGUGAAGAGACUGACAAUAUUUCCGGUGAGAAGCUUAGGGGCUAAUGCAGGAUGAAAGAUGAUUACGUAGAGUUAAAUCACUGUAGGAUUUUGCAAGGAACAUUCUUGUUUGAAGUAGUGAUUGACUGGAUUCUGGAAUAUUGAGUUAUUCUGCAAAUAUGCAUGUGGAAAAUAACCAAUUUUUCUUGUCAUGUUGAGAUUAUGAGGUCAAUUCAUCCUUAUAGAUUAAUUUCAUAAAAUUUGCUCUUACUAUCAGCAAAUGCCAUGUUACUAGGUGAAAUGUUGAAGGUCAUUUCCCCCUUGUUUAUAAAAUAUGAGCACUUAGUGUUUUGAGAAAUAUUGUUUUAUCAUCAUAUAGACCCAUCAACUUUGCAGCCAUAUUUCAAGUCUCAUUGACAAGGUUUCGUUGGCUUCUCGAUUUCAAUUUUCUUUUGCCAUCGAGAACCAACAUGUACGAACUAGAAUGACUCCAUAAAUUCAAGAUUUGAGUGUAAA